UCGGCAAUUUUCGCGUCAUGUGUUUAUAUUGCAUAGAGUUGAGUUCUAUUGAAUGUAAAUAAAAAAUGUCGAUCUGAAAGGAACGAAAACCAAAAUCCCCUCCCAGUGGUGUUUUCAAUGCGCUGGCAUUGUAGUGCACAAAAACACGAUGAGUGCUUCCGAGGGCCACUGGGAACCCCUAGCCGAGAUUUACAUGUCGCAUCCACUGGUGAAGGAUAAGAAAAAGAGCAUUUACUGCUUGUGCAGUCGUGUAUUCAUCAAAAACUACUACGAUGUUUACGUGUCCACCUUGGAACGUGGUGAUUCGGUGCCCUUGAUUCCAUCGAUGGAUCCAGUAGCGCAAACAGAACAGUCCAAUUCCCCGAUAGUAGUGAAGACGUUAGAAACUAAGGGUGCAGUAGAUAACUCGAACGAAACUGUACAAUAUUUAGCCGGUGGUGCUUCUGAUGAGCUCUUGGAUGUGCUGGACCGAGCAGAGGUCGACGAUGUGUUUAUCGAGGAACCUUUAGUAAAGCAACUAAGCUUUGGUCGUGAUGGUGUGCGAAAAAUGCCUUCCAAAUGGGGUGACCGUGAUGCGGGAACAACUAGUGACGCCAGCUGUUACUUCAGUGCCAGUGCCAGUCACUCCGAUACCAACUACUGCAGUACGGACGAGCACGAACAUGUGCUUUAUGCGCCUGGAGGUGGAUCGCAAAGCGUUACGACCAGCUUAACGACGGGCAACUCAACCGUGAGAAGUAUCGUAACAUCCGGACUGCACUCCAGCGACAGUGGUGCUGACCUGUCUGAACGAAUUCACGAACGGAAGCUAUCGCUCAAAGAUGAGCUGCUUGAAAGCGGUCGAACUAACACCGAUGACAAUGCACACGGUUCAGGGUGUGCCGGAGCUAUGACAUCCGUUGCAUCAAUGGAACGGAAUAACAGUCUUCCAGAGGCAUUCGGACGGGAAGAUUUACACGAUGCAUGGGAAACGUACUGGAGUAAGCAUGGCGAAGCAAUAAUAUGGGCGUCUUGGAUUGAAAAGUACAGCGACUAUAUCAAUCCAGAGUACUUAGAACCGGGAGAUACUGGCCAGGCCACUGGUACCAAUACGCCCCAUGACAAAAGUGAAGCUACUCCGGGAACUGCGACGGAGGUGGAUAAAGACUUUUCGUUCGAUAACGAUGCAAUAACGGCAACCAGUAUGGAAAUAGUGGUGUCAGCCUGUUCGCCCCAUCCCUACACAAAAUCAACUUACCAAAUGGCACAUUGGCCAUUGCCCUUCGGUGAAGGCGCAGCGGGCAGCAGCGGCGGCGGUGGUAGUGGUGGUGUAGAUGACGUUCUUUGGUGUGCCCACCGUUCAGGUAGCUGCGAAAACGAAGCUCUCCUAAGUCCACGGUGUGAUUCGGUCACAUCGAGCAUACCACUUACCGUAGGCACUACGGAUUCCAUGACCAACGUCACGCGAAUGACAAUUUCAAGUUACGAUUUUUGUAGCUCGAAGGUUAGCUCGGAAAGCUCAAACCUUUCGGCAAGUCUUAGUUCGGAGAUUUCAAACGAAAGCUCGAACAGUUCCGAUAUGCUCGAAACGGAAUAUCUGGUCGGUGCGAAUCAAGCGGCCGGAGCACCGAUACCACCGGACGAAGAGGCCGCGAUGGAUGGUGAGCAAUAUUGGCAAAUAUUGUGGCAACAACACUUCCAAGAGCUGUACGCCAAACAGUACCAUCAUUUCAUGGCGGAAAACGCACAAGACGAGCAGACAGCGGGUUGCGGUGAGCGAAGCACAAACUCCAGGUACCAUAAACGAAAGCGCCACAGCAAUAAUGGGGCCAGUGGUGGUGAUACCCGUUCCUAUCAGUUCCACCAGUCGGAACUGCUGCUGCCGGAAAUGGUAGCGGAAAUGCGUUUGUCGCAAGCCGAAGAAACGACGGAGCCUAAGGAUGGAAACGACGACACACGCAACAAGGACACCAAGGAUGCAAAAACGGCGGAAUCGAUCGAAGAUCUAUCGACAGAGCUGCAAUCGUACGGUUUACCAACGGCAUUCGGUAAACCAUCCCAAACACCGUCAGGCGACGGAGGUGAAGACAGACCACCGAACGAAAAACCUAUCAAUCUGAAACGCAGUCACGAGAGUGACAAUGAGGAAACACCUAAAGAACGCUUGAAGGCUGCGUUUGAGCUGAUGGGAUACUGCUUCUCAGAUCCAGCAAAUGAGACAGAAUCAAUCAUAAACUUGUCCGGCGAGGUAGUGUACCGGAAGAAGCACAUUCGGCUGCACAAUCGUGUGCUGAAAAUGAAACAUCAUAAGCCGAAGCAUACAUACUUCGAUGACGAUGGGAACGAACUACAGAUGACUAGCGGCAUCGACAAGACCGAUUCGGCGGGCCCGGAAGCACUGCUCCUUCACACCUCUUCCGACGACGAUGAAACUAAUCCGGGAACAGUGGGCAGAGCAAGUGUACGAUCGAGCACGAUCCUAGAGUACAACCAAGUGCCGGUUGCUAUCGGAAAGGAAGGUGUGGAUUUGCUUGACGGUGGUGAUGGACAAGAAACGACGGUGGUGGAUACCCCGGCAGCUGGUUCCAGCGAAAGUGGAUGCGCCGUGUCAACUAGCACGAAAAAAGAGAAGAAGAAGAAGCGCAAAACCAAAUUCGUGGCCAGCCUUCCGGCCGAUAUUGCCAACGAUCGAUCACUGCUGAAGUACUGGUAUAAGCGGUUCUCUCUAUUUUCGCUUUUUGAUUCGGGUAUUCGACUUGAUCGGGAAUCAUGGUUUUCGGUCACACCGGAAAAGGUGGCAGCACAUACGGCCGAACGGUGCCGUUCCGAUUUAAUCAUCGACGCAUUCUGUGGGUGCGGGGGCAAUGCGAUACAGUUUGCUUUUAGCUGUCAAAAGGUGAUCGCGAUCGAUAUAGACCCUCGUAAGAUUGAAAUGGCCAAACACAACGCCUCGGUAUAUGGUGUGGCAGAUCGUAUAGAGUUCAUCGUUGGAGACUUUAUGCAGCUGGCCGAUCGAAUGCAGGCGGAUGUAGUGUUCCUAUCGCCCCCGUGGGGUGGUCCAGGAUAUCUGAAGGAAGAAGUGUACGAUCUGGAGCAGUCGUUGCUACCCGUACCGGCCACGCAGCUGAUGCAAGCUGCCCAACGUGUGAGUAAAAGCAUCGCUCUGUACUUACCGCGCAACUCGAACACGCAGCAACUGACAAUGCUGGCUGGACCUAAUGGGGCCGUUGAAAUCGAACAGAACUUCCUCGACCGUAAACUAAUCGCACUGACCGCAUACUAUGGAGAUUUGAUCAACGAAUAGACGGAUUACCGUCGGUUACCCUUCCGGCAUUUGCAUUUGUUUACGUAUGGAAUGGGCCACAAACACCAAGCGCAACACCGACCGUAAGAAAGAGCAUUAAAAAGCACAGAUGCGUAAUAUAUGACUGCAUUCCGCCAUUUUUAAAACAAGCUACUGUUAAUGAUUAAUUUUGAGACGCAACACGAAAAACAAAGUCCCAGUACCCAGGCAACGCACAAAGGCGGACAUUAUUUUCGCUAAAUAGUAAUGCAGAAAUCGUUCGGUUCCGGAAUAACCUGAUGGCAAUUUAAAGUAGUGUUGUGACACAAUAUAAUAGCGUCGAUGUAACUGAAGAUGAUAAUUUUGUUUAACACCAAACGUUCAAUAUGCUACACUGUGGCGACGAACUGUGUAGAUCGGUUUGUUGUCGGCUAAGAGAUGUUCUAUAUUGCUGCGAUCUUCGUAUCCUGUUUGCGAUGUCGCACAUGCCUAGCCUAUUUUCAUUAGGACAAUCUUAAGUGUGUAGGUAUUUGACGAACCGCUAAAAUGUGUUAGAACGCGUUUUUAGAUGGAUUGUGUUUGCUUCCGUUAGGACGAAUAGUAAGGUUUAGACGUUUGUGUUCGUGUUUAAAUUUUCCUUCAAUCGUUAGGAAACAAUAGUUUUUAAAACCAAUUUACUUUUCGGUGUGUUGAUCAUGGAAAUAAGAUUUUGUAAGUGUAAGAAAUGAGCGCUAAAGGUAAUUAAUUAACACUAUAAAUUAAAAUGAGCAAAACUAGAGGAACUUAAAGAAAUUUAUCAUAAACGAUAAUAAAAUAUAAUUAAUUUCAA